AUGUUCGCUCGAAUCAUUCCAUCAUCUUCUAUUUCAACGAUUCGUCGAUCAAGUAAUUUUGUUCGAAUAUUUGAAGUUGGUCCUCGUGAUGGUUUGCAAAACGAAAAAGUUCAAGUACCGACGCCGAUCAAAGUUGAAUUUAUCAAUCGUUUAAGUCGAACCGGUCUGAAGCUUAUCGAAGUUACUAGUUUUGUUUCACCUAAAUGGGUACCACAAAUGGGUGAUCAUGUUGAAGUACUUGCUGCGAUUGAUCGAAUACCUGGUAUUCGCUAUUCAGCAUUGACACCAAAUGUGCAAGGCAUAAAUAAAGUUCUUUCGUUGGGAAACAAAGGUGCUGAUGAAAUAGCAAUUUUCUCGGCUGCAUCGGAAUCAUUCUCAAAGAAAAAUAUCAACUGUUCAAUUGAAACAUCUUUACAACGCUUCAAUGAAGUUACACAGAUUGCAAAUCAGAAAAAUCUACCUGUUCGUGGAUAUGUAUCUUGUGUAGUUGGCUGUCCGUAUGAAGGCAAAAUUAAGCCAUCACAAGUCAUACCGGUUGUACAGAAAUUACUUGAUAUGGGAUGUUAUGAAAUCUCUUUGGGCGAUACGAUUGGUGUUGGUACACCGAAAUCUAUUAAAGAAUUGCUUCAAGCAAUACAGUCAAGUGGCAUUUCAGCCAGUAAAUUAGCUAUUCAUUGUCAUGAUACAUAUGGACAAGCUAUUGCUAAUAUAGCUCAAGCAUUGGAUAUGGGUAUACGUUGUGUAGACUCAAGUGUAGCAGGUCUUGGUGGUUGUCCGUAUGCUAAAGGUGCAUCAGGGAACGUAGCAACAGAAGAUGUUCUAUAUCUGUUAGAAGGACUUGGAUAUGAAACAGGUGUCGAUCUUAAUCGAUUGAUUGAUGCCGGUCAAUUCAUCAUGAAUAUAUUAAAGCGCGAGAAUAUGUCGAAAGUUACACGUGCUAUUUUGUCUAAAAGGCAAAAUUGA